AUGUCUGUCGACAGUGAGGUCCCUGGGAGAGGCAAAGGUCUUGUCGCCACACGAAAGAUCCCUAUGGGCACUCGCAUCCUCUCUGAGGAGCCUAUCGUCAGAGUGCCCGAAGCUGUGCUUGACAUCCAGACCCUGUUGCCAUCUAUUCGCAGGCAAGUCGAUGCGCUCACGCCAGACCAACGACGAGCCUUCCUCUCUAUGUAUAACAUGCAUACCGACGAUGCUACCUUGCGCUACCUUGGAAUCGUCCGAACGAACUCUCUCCCCCUUGGGGACUAUGUGGGGGAAGUGGGUAUUUUCCUCAAUGCAUGUCGUAUUAAUCAUGCUUGCGACAACAACGCCCAGAAAGGUUGGAACGAGAACAUCCAACGGCACACCGUCCAUGCCAUUCGGGAUAUCGAGAAAGACACAGAGAUCGCAAUUUACUACCUCGACGUCGUCAACAACCGCAAAACCCGCCAAGAAACUCUUCGAAAGAAAUUCGGGUUUACCUGCUCUUGUAGUCUUUGCUCCUUGCCACCAGAUAAGAGCCAAGAAAGCGAUAGAAGGCUGGAUGAGAUCCUCAGGCUAGAUAGUCUGAUCAGCACAGAUGGCUCCGUAGGGAUCAUGUCAGCCCCACUACGAAUACUUCGAUACGUUGAUGAACAGAUCCGUCUUUACCAUGAACAAGGUCCAAAUGACCCCGGUUUGCCAAGGGCAUUCUCUGACGCUGCGCAAAUCGCUAUUGCCAAUGGAGACUAG